AUGUCGCAGCCCGAAGUCAGCAGUCAGGCGGUACAACCACCUUCGUUGGUGCUGGUAGCGCCCAUGCCUCGAAGACCGAUCGCACUCGUAAAUCGUCGACAUCAUCACCACCACCACCAUUACUCGUCGUCUUGCUCACACACGCGUUCGCGUUCGUCUCGAACCGUUUCGAGCUCCGGCAGCAAAUCUUCGAGUCAGUCGGCAGAGGAAAGUAAAGAUUCAAUCCAGCUAGAGAUCGGCUCAACAGCAACGUCAGCAGCGACGAUGAGGAUGGUUGGACAUCCCUACUCUCGUCCAAAGACACCCAACAGCAUCAACUCGCUCUCAAACCCUACUUCGCCCGGCCUUGUCGGCUGGCCUCUUGGUUUGGCAUUUUCGACCGUUACCGUUUCCCCCCCUCCUCGCUCCAGCACCACAUCUCGCGACGGUCUUGGCUCACGUCCGCUUUCGCGCCUUUCACAGCGUACGUCAUCCAUGUCGCUCACUUGUACCCAGGAUAGCGCGCGCUCCGAUUCAUUCGUUUCCGAAUCUGUUGUCGAGUCGGCUGUCGAGUCUGAUGCCAAUGCUCUCGUCGUCGGCGUCGGCAUCGGCGGCUCUGCCAAACAGCGCCAACUCGCGGACAAGCCGCUAAAGGCUGACGAUGAACCCAUGCUCGCCUCACCCCGCACAUCUCCCACCAUUGGGACGAGACUUUGCAUCACCGCCGACGUGGAGCGCACACCCACCAAAUCCAACGUUCGAGUGUGCCACAUCAUUCGGCCGUCCAACUCGAGUCUAGGCACUGGCACGCGCAACGCAGAUGACCAAGAUCAGGAACCACGCUCUACGCCCACGAUUGGUGCGGCGUCUCCUCGUCCCGAGGAUAUCGUUCAAAGCCUCACAGUCUCGCCAACUUCGCCUUGCGAGCAGCGCAUGGCUGCCAGCGCGGCUGUUGCUGCGGCGCAACUCUCGCUCUGCUGGCCUCGCUCUCCAAGCGCCGAUGAAGCUGAUAGCAUGGACCAAGAGGCUGAACCGCAAGUGAAUCCUCGCCAAGUCGAUGCUCUGCUGGCAUCCGCAUCCGCAUCCGUAGCACCUUCUCCGUGCCUCUCGGAAAGUUUAUCGCGCAGCCCGUCUGCCAGCCCUUCCCCUUGUCCUUCGCCAGCGUCUGACAGUCUUGUCGACGCUUCGCACGAGCCCAAGUACCUGGAAUUGUCAUCUCGCAAAAUGGCACUUCCGCUGCCGCCUCUGCCUACGUCUCCGAUCCCGCGCAACAUGACACGCAAUCCCUUUGAGAGGUAUCUCGGAGCAGACGAUGCACGUGAGCGAGGCUGCAUGCUUCACGCGCGACUGACGGUGGCGAUGGCUCAGAAUGACAAGCAGUGUCGCUCGUUGGACCAGGCAGACGCGGAUCACGAGAUGGGCGUACGCGUCGAUGCUUGGUCUCGCACUUGGAACAUGGACCUGGCAUGA